AUGCCCAUAUCCGGUGCCGUCAAGAUCCAAUCGCGAUGCCCCACUUGGCUCGGUCUAUCUGCACUGGAUUUCCACUUUGCGUCCCAACCGCUGCCAUUGCCGCUCGGUUGGCACGCAUUGCAAGCCCCGCCGAUCAUGAAUCGUCUUGCUGUAGCAGUCACAAUUGGUGCCAUCCAGCAGAUUGCCUUGCAGAUCUUCAUUCUGUUUACGGGCAACUACAACUUCUUCAACUUCCUGUUCAUCUGGAACUGCGCAUCGUCGAAGCUUCCAGUGACGGGAAGAACGCUGCACCGCCGUCUAAAACCGUGCUUGAAUGGCGACGAUACGUUCUCCAUUGCCUCAACGAGAUCCGCAUCACGUGCUGCGCAGUCGAAGAAGAUCGGGCUCAGUUCGAUGGGCCAACCCAACGACGUCGCUUACAAGGUGAAUGGCGCUCGUACAGUCGGUCGGAGCUACGACAAUGUCGUGCAGAUGCUGCAGACGCAGACCAGACCGCUCAGCAUCCAGUUCUUCUGCUUGGGCAAUGACGGCGUGCUGAAACAGAAGGAGCAGACUCGGGGUCCGAGAAUUCGAAUCCAGGUGGAGAUGCCCAAGGAAAUGGUGCUCGCCAUGCGGCCGGACUUGUGCAGUGCCGUGAAGUGCAAGAACAACAAUGUCAUUGUCGCUAUUCGCAAGAAACGCUUCCAUUUGCUGCUAACCGACCAUGACCGUUUGCUGUUUGUCAAUAAGGACACUAACUUAUUAGAGGAUGAGAUCAUGUGUUCCCUGAUCGUGACGGUGAGCUCGCGCUCCAAGUACCAAGCGCUCACGAUUUCCACGCUCAAGACGGACUAUGUGCUGAUUGACAACUUCAUUAGACCGGACAUCUAG